AUGGUGGACCUCAAGUUUGAGCGCCAACUAGCUGCCCGGCCGUAUGCCUACCAGGGAACUCGCCAGCACAGCGGCCCGGGGGCGGUAUCAUCUGGCAACGGCGGACGCGGAAGCCCGGGACUGGUCUUUGAUGUGAAUGCGUUCAGUCCGGCUUUGCAAACUUGCCGCUUGGAUCGGCGGCUGAAGUUUGCGCUGCGCAAGGCACCAGCUGCCCGAACGGACGAGGAUGUUAAGCAAAUUCUCCUGCUGGUCUUGCAGCUCAACUUGUUUCAAACCUAUAGUCAGGUCCCACCCCAAGCUUUGGCUGCAAUUCUACGCUAUGAUAGCUUCAGUGCACAUCGCGUGGUCAUCCGUCAUGGUGGUGGUGCACAAAAGGUUGAGUUUUCCAACCCCAUUCCCACGUCACCCCCCGUUCCCACGUCACCGCCGUUCCUUUGGUUCUAUUCGCUCAAUGGUGUCCCAGGAGAAAUGUUUGGCGAAAUGGCGCUGUUGGACAAGUACAACGUUCGCACGGCGACCGUGGUCAGUCAAACACACGUCGAAUUGGUGUGGUUAGCCCGCACUGAUUUGGAUGCCACGCUGCAGCGCGUGCGAUCAGCCCAGCGCACAAGCAUGUCUGCCGCUUUGCGAUCGCACCAUGUGUUUGCCUCGGCCACGACCGACGAACUGGCUGGGGUGUUGGAGUGGACACAGCGUCUGCAGCUGCGUCCAGGGCAGGUGCUGGAGGCCCUGCCCGGCCACCAGAGCCAAGGCCAGCGUCAGCGUCAGCCACUCUACUUGUUGGUAAAAGGCACGGCCGUGCUGGUCCGGCGCAUUCCUGUGAAUCUUCAUCGCGACCGUAUCCGCCUCGUCUAUCGGCCAGGUAGCGAUACGCACGUUCUCUUGACAACGGGGCGCUUGGAGGCAGGGCAACUGAUACCGCGGCUUCCUCGAGACCGUGUGGUGGUCAGCGAGACGACGACCGUGUGGCUGCAGAUCGAACGCGAGGGCCUCAGCACGGCUGCACAGGCUCGCGCCGUGUUCCACCUGUGGCGGGACAUGCGCUUUCUCAGCACCGCUGGGAACUGGCUCGGCUCCGCUACUGCCACAGCCUCCGCCAAGCAAGGCCCCACGCCCCUGCCCACCACCACCGCGCAGCCCUUGCCGCCUAAGCUCGGCGCAUUGCGCAAGCGUGAGCAAACGCUUUGUUUUGAAAAUGAAUCUACAUUAUCCCUUAUUAUCACGACCGUAACCACCAUCAAACCCGCGGCCCCUAAAGCAAUGUGGAGAGAGAGAGCCAGCGGACGAACAACUCUCAAGCUCUCUCUCUCUCUCUCUCUCUCUCUCUCUCUCUCUCUCUCUCUCUCUCUCUCUCUCUCUCUCUCUCUCUCUCUCUUUUUCUUCUCUGCCUAUUUGGAAGCCUCCUCGUACCGCAUUAGUCUGCCUGGACGCUACUCUGCUGCUUGGGCCGGCUCCGUGUCAGGGUUUAUCCCAAGCCGCAGUCGACGAUCCCCGGAGUCAGUGGCGCCGUCCACCAUGGCUUCGCAAGCCGAGGUCGAAGGCUAUGUCUCGGCCUUUAAUGAGCUUGAACCCCAAUCAGGCCGCGUCAGCAUUGCCACGGCUGCCGCCGCCUUUGCCACGACCGAGCUACCUCGCGAUCAGCUCGAAGCCAUCUUAAACAUUUGUGACAAUGCCAGCUGUGGUGCACUCACCAAGAAUGAAUUUAUCGUCGCGAUGCAUCUCGUCACCCAGAAGCGUGGCUCCGCGACAGAGCGACCCCCCAACCCAACCGCUCACACCCGCGCCACCUUUGCUUUGGCCGAUGCCUCCCAGACCAAAAGCAAAUACCACAUGCUCUUUGAUCGAAUCAACCCAGGACAGACGCGCAUGCCCGAGGGCACCGCCAAGGCUUUGCUGGCCAAGGCCGAGCUUGAUUCUCGGCUCGCUCAACACGUUUGGCGCCUCGCCGACCAAGAUCAAGACAACUGCCUGAGCCGCAACGAAUUCGUAAUUGCAAUGCAUGUAUCCACUUUGGCCAAACUCGGUCACACGCUACCCCGCACCCUCUCCCCGGCCUUUUUGAGCUCCGUUGACAUGGGCUUCGGUGCUUCAGCAGCACCAGAAGACUCGGAUGACGAGUCUGAUUUGGGCUCUGCCCCGCCCUCGCCGCCUCCAGAUCCCGAUACGCUUCCGUCAUCAGACGAGGAGGAAGAAGAUGGUCCAGCCAACGCAUUAACCUCGGUAGUGCCCCCGCCUUCCGCCCAGUUGGAUCUACAAGCGCAACUGCAAGACCUUCAGCAGCUCCGGUCUCCUAUGAAAGUUGCACCAACUGCAGCACCCCCCUCGGUCUCCGAAACUGCCAAUCAAACAGCGCCCGUGACGCCACAGGCCCAGAUGUCCCCAGCUUCCCCCGAACCUGCUCUGCCCCGCGAAGUGCCGCAGCCUGGACCCGAGCCUGAGCCUAGCCAAACAGCUCAAGUGGUGUCUGAGACGCCUGCUCCAUCGGCCCCUGCGACCCAGGCCAUGUCCACCACGCCCACAGUUGUAGAGGCCGAUGAGGCUGACAACGUCGAUGAGGCUGACAACGCCAACGAGGCUGGCACCGUCAACGGCGCGCCUGUCAUGCCGGCCUCGGCACCCCCUACCAUUGCUACUCAGGGUCUUGCUUCCUCUCUACCGCUGCCGCGGAAGUAUCGAGAUCAGCGUACCGAGCAGACUGAAGACCCCACACGCCGCCGAAGUAGCAAUUUGAGCUUUCGCGAUGAACACGGCGGCCCGUUGGUGGAGGAGCACGCAACCUACAGCAGCGAAGAGUAUGACCGUGGUGAUCACGAUCUAGAUGUGGAACGAAAUCACAUUGAUGCCUCCAUCGAGGCCACUCAGAGCUCACUUCAAUCCGAGAGUGAACAAUUCGACUCGGAGCUGGCCAGCCUACGCGAGCAGGAGCGCGAGCGUGAGCGUCUCAGGGAAGAACGAGAGGCCAGCUUGGCGCGUCUUUCAGCUGCCCAGGCAGAAGCUGCUGCUGCUGCUGCUGCUGCUCAGCAAAAGGCAAAGGAGGCCGAAGAGCGACUGGAACGACUGCGCUUAGCUGACGAAGAGGAGGCGGCCAAGAAGCAAGCAGCAAAGGAUGCUCAACGUCAAGCAGAAGAAGAAGCGGCUGCGAAGCGUGAAGCCAUGGAGGUGGAGGCCAGGGCGGCCGCCGACGCCGAAGCCAAGGCGAAGGCAGCUGCAGAAGCUGAAGAGAAGGCCAAGGCAGACGCCGAAGCCAAGGCGAAGGCAGCUGCAGAAGCUGAAGAAAAGGCCAAGGCAGAUGCUGAAGCCAAGGCCAAGGCUGCUGCAGAAGUCGAGGCCAAGGCCAAAGCGGCUGCAGAGGCGGAGGAACAAGCUGCUGCAGAGGCCCAGGCCAAGGCCAAAGCGGCUGCAGAGGCGGAGGAGCAAGCAGCUGCCGAGGCCGAAGCCAAGGCUAAAGUAGCUGCCGAGGCCGAAGCCCAAGCGGCUGCAGAGGCCGAAGCCAAAGCCAGAGCCGCCGCAGAGGCCGAAGCCAAGGCUAAAGCAGCUGCCGAGGCCGAAGCCCAAGCGGCUUCAGAGGCCGAAGCCCAAGCCAAAGCCGUCGCAGAGGCCGAAGCCAAGGCCAAGGCGGCGGCAGAGGCUGAAGCUGAGGCCAAGGCUCAAGCAGCAGUCAGCGCGACAGCGGCUGAACGUCAGACUGAAUUCAGGCCUGUUCUACCUUCAUCUGCUUCCCCCGCUCUGCCAAUGAACACGGCCCCGAGCUCCGACAACAAUGCCGCAGAGUCAGACUUUGCCGAGAUCCAGCGUUUGCGGCUGGAAGAGAAGCGGCGCGAACGCGAAGAGCGGCGCAAAGCUCGCAAGCAGCAGCGUGAGGAGGAGGAACGUCGCCAUCGCGCCAGCGUGGAGGCUGUGCAAUCCCUGACCUUCACCUUGGACCAAGCUGUGAAGCUCGUUGACUUGGAAACGCCCAUCGAAGAGGCACUGGAGCCGCCAUCACCUUCCAAAGGCACUGCGAGUUCAGCGCCGGCGUCUUCGUUGUCUGCCUCCUCUACUAUCAAGUCUGACACCACCACACUUGGCGGCCAACCCAGCCUCCCCACGGUUCAACCGCCUGCAUUGUCACUGAGUCAAGGGCCGAGCUUGCCUGCAAGCCAGCCUCCCAAGCUACCUGACGCCACCCCUGCCCAGGAGGCUCCCGAAGCAGCAGCAACCACGAAUGCAACGCCCGCCUCUGGUUACAACAAUGACCUCGGCUAUCGUCGCAACUCCAAUGCCGCUCGUGCAGCCGCAUUGGCCACAAAUCGCUUCCAGCGUAGCUCGCGUGAAGAUCGCGCAGCCUUCUUUGAAACUGGUUCAACUUCAGGUACCGUAGCCAGUAACGUUGAUGCGACCAUCAGUGAGCCGACCAAUGCAAAGGCGCCUGAGCCAGAGGUUGCAGUCCCCACCGCAGACCCUGCUAUCCCAGAGCAGGACGAAACCUCAGAGGAUGCAGCAAAUGCGGGCACCUACUACAUGGUUUCUCCCUCUGGAUCCGCUUUUCUUUCAGAGCAACAGCGAGCCGAGGCUGAGCGGCAACGCGUAGCCAAACAGGAGGCAUUGGCUCGAGCUGCCACCAAGGUGGUGGCGGAACAGAAACGCGAACAAGAAUCCGAAUGGGUUCCUCCGUCGCAGCGUGUUGGCACGAUCGGCAGCCCGGACAUUGAGCGUCGUCGUCAAAGCAUUACGGGACCCGGGCAUUCGAGCGUACGCGCCGCUGCUGCCGCUGCCGCUGCCUCAAAACCAUCUCGUGGGGCUGAACAUCGCAGUAGCAUUAGCCUUGUUGCCCCGGUUCAGCGUUCGCCCUCUCCUCCCCCCGUGGUGCAAGAGACGUCUGCCCCUGCACCAAGUGCACCCGCCCUGGCUACACAAAGCCAGACUGUGCACGAGGAAAGCCCACGUCAGCGUCUAGGAAGUGUGGCUGCUCGCAUUGCCGCAUUUGGAGGAGAAGCAGCCAAGGCACCCCCCUCAUUUCGAACCAACUCGGUCAGCUCGCAAAAAAAGCCAGGGUUUGCAGUUACACCGGCCCCAAUCGCCAAGACAUCCCCAGCCCCGGUACAGGCCCAAGAGUUUCAGCCUGCGCCUCUCUCGCGCCGGCGCAGUUCCUUUUCGAUUCAGCCACUUGUGGGUGGCGGUGCUUCACAGCCUGUUUCGUCUUCCCAACCGGAGCCAGAGCCCGCAGCUGUGACGUCGAACGUCUCACGAAACCCCAUCACUGACCGGCGCGCCAUGUUUGAGCGUGGAUCCACGAGUGCACCCAACAAGGCGCCUAGUGAACCGACGUCAUCUUCGAACUCGGUGUCCGGUGCCCGUGGUUUUGCGGCGUUCAACACAUCGCGCAACACGCCUAACACGGGCCUCCGGACCCAUGCCUCGUUUGGAGGUGUGAAAGCGGCGGCCCCAGUGACCGAGCCAGGCGCCGCUCAAGCCACGGGGGCCACCAGUGUUGCGAAAACCGUCAACCGCUUUGGGACUCCCAUGUUCUCUGCUAGCUCUGCUGGAACUGGGAUUGCUCGUUCCAACACUGUUUCGCACUCGACAGCGCCCACUGCCAGCUUCAAAACGAGUGCCAACGUGGGUGCAGCAAGCUCAGCCUCACCGCCGGCUUCCCCGUCAAGCUCAACGGCCAGCACUGGCGGUGGUGGUGCCACCUUCCGCGCUCGUGCAACCACCCAGCCGGCCUCAAGCCUCAAUAGCUCCACCGACUCAACCUCUGCGAAGCAGGUGAAGCCGGGCUGCUGCCAAGUGUGUGAGCGCCAAGUGUACAUGAUGGAGAAGAUCCAAGCGGAUGGUAAGACAUAUCACAAGACGUGCUUUCGAUGCCGCGAGUGUAACCGCACCCUGUCCACGGGCACGUAUGCUGCCGUCCAUGGUGCAUUGUACUGCAAGCCCCACUUUAAACAGAAAUUUCGCGAAAAGGGCAACUACGAUGAGGGAUUUGGCCAAACUCAGCGCAAGUACGAUUUUUCCAAGUGA